CUGGGCAGUCAGGGCACAAGGUCCCCGUGGCCUGUCCUGGCCUGCGCUGACCCCUCUAACUGCAUUGCCGCCUUCAGGAGAUCGACAAUCGUGCGUCGGACCCUCAGGAACCCGGAGAUUGGCCCCCAAAUGGCGACAUUUAAACCCAGAUUUAAUUGUGUGUUUUCGGCCAGUCUCGUGGUGUUUGAAACCCCCCUCGCACCCCUUCCCAAGACUCCUGCUGGAAACAAUGCAGCCCCUCGAGGUCAGGUCUGUGUUUGAGGCUGCCCAGGACCCCACCUUCCUGCAUGGACUCUCCCUCGUCAAUGGCGUUUCAGAGGACGUGCGGUCCAUAGACUCUAAUGCCAUAACGCAAGAGAAGCUAGUGGUGGCCAUUAGGGAGGAGAGAGCCCGAGGGGUCCCAGAGAUAUCGGACCGGAUGUGCUGCUCAGCCUGCUCCCGGGUGUUUGACAGCAGGGAGGAGCAGACUGAGCAUUACCGCCUGGACUGGCACCGCUUUAACCUGAAGCAGCGUUUGCUGGGGCGCCGGGCACUUGCAGCAGAGGAGUUUGAGGAGAAGACCCGUGCAGGUGAUGUCUCCAGCAUCUCCGGGUCCGAUUCUGACAACUCCGAUUCGGGCAGCGAGACCAACCUGCUCCCUCCCCGAGGCCAUGCAGACCCAGGGAGCGGCCAGCAGAGCCACCGCUCGGCUAAGGUUCUGUUCCGCAACUCCCAGGGCCAGCUGCUCUCCGCCUACCGCUGUGUGCUGGGCAGUAAGAAGGGUGGUGGUGAGCAGCAGGCGGAGCUGGUGGCAUCUCUGCAGAGCCUGGGCGCAGGCACCUGUUGGGUUAUCCUGAUGACAGGCGGUGGACACUUUGCAGGAGCCGUCUUCAGGGGGCCUGAGGUGCUGGAUCACAAGACCUUCCAUCGGUACACGGUGCGUGCCCGCCGCGGCACGGUGCAGGGAGUGCGCGAUGCCCAGGGCCAGGCCUCCAUGCCCAAAUCGGCUGGUGCCUCGCUGCGGCGUUACAACGAGGCGGCUCUGCUCAAGGACAUCCAGGACCUACUGGCCGGCUGGGCACAGCAUCUGCAGGGAGCCCAGCGCAUCUUCCUGCGUGCCCCCCGUGCCAACCGGGCACUGCUCUUCGGCGGCAGGAACCCCCCUCUGCACAAGGACGACCCACGCGUCUACAACAUCCCCUUCAGCACCCGCAGAGCCACCUUCAGGGAGGUGCUGCGGGUGCACGUGGCCCUGGCCACCCUGCAGGUGUAUGGGAAGGACACAGCGGUGGCGGAUCUCGCUGGCUCCCCCCGGAAGGGCUGGAGGAAAGUGCCGUGUGCGCCGGUGGAAGAGCCCCAGCAGGGUGACGCCAGCACCCCGUCGGAGGAGGAGGAGAGCCAGGCUGGGGAGCUGGAGACGGUGGAGGUGACGCUGAGCACGCUGCAGCUCCAGGAGUUUGAGGUGAUGCCUAAGCGAAGCCGCAAGAGGAGGAAGAAGAAAAACAAAGUGGGGAGAGGGGCCUGCGCCGAGGGGCCAGGAGGCCACGAAGAGCCCGAGGGCUCAGCACCGCAGCCAGGAGCAGGGAUGGUGGCGGAGCCCCAGGAUGGGCCUGGGGCAGAGCCUGCUCCCUGGGAGAAUGGAGAAACGCUGCUGGGCCAGCUCCGUGACGCCCUGUUCACGGCCUGCAAGACGGGGGAUGCGGGGACGCUGCGGCGCCUCCUGGGUGCGGCGGAGAGUGGGGCCCCCCCUGCGGGCAGCGAGGAUGGUGCUGUGGGGCAGCCCCAAGGCCACCCUGGCAGGGUGCAGAGUGAGGGGUCAGAGCCCACCUGUGCGGCCCCUGGGCUCCUCUCGCUGCUCAGCGAGCCCAUCGACGGGACCGGCUUCACCCUGCUGCACGUGGCGGCUGCGGCAGGGAAGGGGGCGGCCGUGCGACUGCUGCUGGAGGCUGGUGCCGACCCUGCGCUCAGGGACUGGCAGGAGCGACCUCCGUAUUGCGUCUCUGCCGACAAGUCGACACGCAACGUCUUCCGCAGGUUCAUGGUGGAUCACCCAGCCAAGUACGACUACAGGCGGGCCAAGGUGCCCGGGCCCCUGACGGCGGAGAUGGAGGCCGGGCGGCUGGAGAAGCAGCGGGCGCAGAAAGCACAGCGGAAGCAGUGGGCGCAGGAGCAGGAGGAGAAGCGGCGCUUUGCGGCCCUGCCAGACCGGGAGAAGAGGGCCCUCGCUGCCGAGCGGAGACUGGCUGCCCAGCUGUCGGACACGGGCGCGGCUCUCGCCAACACCAGACGCUGCUGGCAGUGUGGCGAGUCCCUGCUGGGCCGGAUCCCCUUCCACUACCUCGACUUCUCCUUCUGCUCCACGGGCUGCCUGCAGGCUCACCGCCGGGGCCGCGCCGGGCCCACCUAGCGCCCGCGCCGCCGGGAAGGCAGGCAGCUGCCGAGCGCAACGGGGGUUGUGUGGAAGUGGACAGUCGCCUGCCAGGUGCUGGGGGGGGGGCGCUGGGAGCUCCCGGGGGGCUGAGCCCGAGUGUAAAUCCCUGUCGCAGCUCAAGGCCUCCUUCCCAGCACGGGGGGCAGCCCCAUGCCCCUGCCUCAACGGGAAGGGGAUCAUGGCGCAGGAUGGGUUGGGUGGGGGGCGAGCACCGACCCCUGGGCAGGAGCGUCACCGGAACACGGGGUCAGGGUCCUGUUCUGGGGCAGGGGGUGCUGAAGGGGCAGCGUGGCUGGUGGAUCGAUGGAGGAGGGACUAGACGGCUCAACGCUGGUGCUGUGCGAUCCACCUGAGUGUGCCCCACAAGCUGGGCUGAGGGUGGUUAAUGAUGGGCAGCUUGGCUCAGGGCAGCAGCCCCUUGCCCUGGGGGGAGCUCCCUGCAGCACCCUGGGCCCUGCCCGGCACCCAUGAAUCCUCCCCUUUACCCAGGGGCUGAGCUGGCUGGCCCGGGGUAGCCCAAGCGGUGACUGACUCAGGACGCUGCCCCUAAAGCUCAGCCCAGCACGCGCCUGCCCUUGCUGCUGGAUCUGGGGAAGGGGGGGAAGGUGAUAUAGCCCCCGCACCGCUUCCCCCUUGUCCUGCAGAGGUGGGGGAGGAACCCCCCCCCCCCCAGUGCCCAAGGUCCUAGUCACCCCCUGGGUGCUGGGGGCCAUGUUGUGGACGGGUGCCCGGUUUUUCCCCAGGGUGCAGUACCUUGACCCCAGUACCCUGAGCAAGCCCCCAAUGGCCCUUGAGUGCCCCCCGGGGCUCUGAACCCGGGCUCUGGCUCAGGGUGGCUCGGCUGGUGCCCCCGUGGUCACUCAGAGCUGUUCACGACCCGUGAGGUUUGCGGUGAACCACCCUGGGGCGGGCACGGCGCCAGGGUGACAGAACACGCCGGACACGGCAGGGAAGGCACGAGAUUUUCUUUGUUUUACCAGGUAAUAAAAUGUAACCCUUGGUGCCCAGCCUGGGGGGGGAGUCGGCAGGCGGGAAACCAGCGCCGCAGGAGUAGCCCCCGCGGCACGUGGCCGCAACACACCCCGCACCGGGCAAUAAAGGGCAAGCCAAAGCCGCAGGCAGUGAA